GGAUAAAUCCUUAAAGCUAAUCUAUAAUUUUGAUCAAGAGCACUACAAGCGAUUAGCAUUAUUAUUCCGGCCCCUCGAAAUACUCGACACAACUGCCAACAGUAACAUGACAACUUCCUCAGGAGAAUGGAUCCCGGCACUGCUUUAGCUGUGGCAUCUCUGUCUUUCCAGGUAUUCGGCGGCAUCAUCAAGGGCUUCACACUACUAGCGAAAGCGCACAAUCUGGGCCGAGAUGCAACUCUUCUCCAAACUAUGUUGCGCGUGGAAGAGUCUCGCUUAAUACAGUGGGCAAGAGCUGUGGAGUUGCUGGAGGAUUCCGAUUUGCAGUCUGGUGGAAGCGAUGGCAAUGACAUCGAGCACGAUACAGUGACCACUCAGAACGACUCCGGUGCGAUCAGCGAGAGCUCAAUUGUGGCACACUCUGUGGCGGACGAAGCAAGUCUUGUUCAGGUACAGGCCGACCAGGUCCAGGUCGACCCCAGACUCAAUUAUACUUUGGCAUCUCAACUUAUGGCCCAGCUCCAGGUCAUACUGACCACGGAUGGACUUCUACAGAGGUACAAACUAGAUUUGGUGGAGAUGCCAGCUACCCUCGCUGGACCCAAUACCACGCCACUGAUCGAGCAGACCGAGACGGCAACGACAGUAUUGGAGAAACUCGUGCCAGAUACCUUGCGGCAACGGAUCCUGUUCCGGAAAAAUUUUGUACAACAGAAGAGUCACCUUCCGAAGCGUCUAUGGUGGGCGGCAGUGGACAAGCAAGGUGUUGGUACGAGAAGGAUACGGAAGACGUAGCACCCACGAAUUGCAUAGGUCCUGUA